UUACAAGUUGAUGGGUACAGCAAACCACCAUGGCACGUGUAUACCUAUAUAACAAACCUGAGUGUUCUGCACGUGUAUCCCAGAACUUAAAGUAUAAUAAUAAAAAAAGUGUAAAUACUUUGGUAAACAAUUCCUUACUACGUAGUAUUGAAUGUACAAAGUACGUAUCUUUUUUUCUUUGAACCUUAGAUUGCCCUAAUGAACAUGGUGAUACAAAUAUUCCAGUUUUACAGAGGAAAAAACCAAAGCUCAGAGAAGUUGCUGCUUUGCCAUCAUUAUAGCUAGUAAGAUGUAGGGGUGGAAGGGACUUCAAAAUCUAGCAUUGUCAUUUAAGGUUCAUUAUUCUACUUAUAUACUAUAUUGGCUUUUAAAUAUACACAUUUUAUGAAAUAUUGUAUUCCUAUAAAGAGUAUAAAGUAUCCAAAUUUUCCAGUCUUUAAUAUCGAUUAUAUACAUUAUAUAUCACCUUCUCUUAAGGCGAACUUAGUGGUUUUGUUUCUGAAAUCUUGGCUUUAAGAUACUGUCAGUGCAUACAAUAUUGUUAUUAGUAUUAUUUGAGUUGUAUGCUAUCCAAGAAGUAGGUUGUGGUUUUGUUACCAAAUUUAAAAAAGAUGCGUAGACUGAUUGAUAUUACAUUUCAAAUUCACAACAAAUUUUGCUUCGAAAAUUAAAAGUGAAAGUAUUUAAUAUUUUUUUCAGCUCUUAGCAGUUAACCAUGCUGUUUUCCUAAAGACAUCUUCUUUAGUUAUUACCAACUUAAUUUAAAAAAAAUACAGUUAUGGAAAAGUAAAUAUAUAAUUGUUUUGGGCCUUUGUACAACCUUUAAUAUUUACUUUAAAAAAUUUUACAUAUUACACUUUAUGACAUACAUUCAAUCUUGAUUAAAAGCCUUGCAAAAUUAAGUGACGUGCCUCCAAUCCAGUUAGAAUUGAUAUCAUUCUAAAUUUAAAUGUUCCUUUUUUCAGUUGCAAAGUGUUUGUACAUUUUUUUCAGUUGUAAAUAAUUUAUUAAAAUCACACUUUAUUUUAUUAGUUUAAACUAUAUGCUUGUGCUAGACAAUUUGAAAAAUCUGAUUUUUAAAUUUUGUUUUAAACAGAAAAAUGUAGACCUUAGCAGUAAACUUUCUAUCCUACCUAAUGUGUUUUAUGCACUGUGGGAGUUUGGUAAUCAGGAAUAAGUAAUUUUCAUACUGCCUGAUACAUUUAACAAAUCCAAGUUCUAACGUAUAUAAAUUUUGUCUCUCAAAUUCUGCUUGACCAUGGUAAUUUGCUUCUCAGCCAGAAUUGCAUUAAAUGCAAAUUACAAAUAUUUUGGCUUUCCUUGAGGAUUUUCUUUGGACUACAGUGUGUUCGAUAGGUAAUGAAAUCUGACUUUUGACUAGACAAUGAAAAGUUCUUGUCAUCUGAGCAAAUGGUGUGAAUUCAUUGAUUAAAGUUCUUCCAAAAGAUUAGGUAGCAAACUAUAUGAAAGAACUAUAGUGCUCUUCUUAAAAUGAGGCAUAACAGAAUUUCAGUUAACAUUGUUAGAAAGCACUCUAUGAAUGUAGAGUUGCUCAAUGUGACAUUUACUCAUAUAUGUUACCCUCUUCUAUGGGGGACUUGGGUAAUGAAGUGUGGUUUUGACUACCAUUUGUCAGUUGGAAAGGUUCCAAAAACAAGGAAGCAUUUGUACAUGUGCAGAUGUUGGCCCGAUUCUUCUUUUUUCCUGUUGUCAAAGACUAUUUUAUUUUCACAAAGAUAUGUUUGUAUCUGUUCUACAAUAUGGCAUGUGAAUAAUAUACCAGUAGUGUAUGGAGGAGUUUUUUGUUUUACUUUUUGCAUGACACAACUAUGUAAUCUUAUAUAUUUCUUAUUUUAGUGCAUUCGUUUUUAUGUCAGGGUCUUUAUACACGAAUGUUUCUGGGAAAUAGUUAAGUCUUUUGUAAUUGGCUAACGAAAAUUUCAAGAUCACAGAGGUAUUUUAAAUUGGGGAGAAUAGCUGAGAGUGGUGUUUCGUUCCUCAACAGUUUUUGUACUGCAUAUUGGACACGAGUAAUCUCUUUUUCUGAUUCCCAAAAUAAAUUUUAAAAUUCUCAGGCAAGGCACAAAAUUAGAAAUGUGUUUACCUCUUAUUUCUAAAGAACCAGUAGAUAUGAUCUAACUAAAAAAUGGAAUCAAUUAAAUUACUAUAAUUAAUGAUUCAUAUAUAAGUUUUUCAUUUACAUAAUUAGGAUUUCAUCACAAAGCUGCAAUAUUAAAAUUUAAGAGAAAAAGAUUAUAUACACAAAGAACAAGUACAGCUAUUGUGCAUUGUUAUAGUUGAAAGGGAGCAAUUGAAAUUGGGUAAUUAUGGAUGAAAUAUAAUUCUUAAUUUGCUUUUUGUUUUAAAGUUGAUAAAAAUUUUAAUGCAAGAAUAUUAUUGAGUUGUGACAAUUUUAUAAAGCUCAAGGCAAAAUUAAUAUUGCCUGUUUUUCUAAGAGAUACAAAAAUAGCCUCAUUUUGUGGUCACUAAAUGUACGUAGAUUGUUCAGUUUCUAGCAAUAGAGUAUUGACACAGGCAUGCCUUGGAGAUACUGAGAGUUCAGUUCCAGACCACCUCAAUAAAGCAAACAUCAUGAUAAAAGGUGAGUCACGUGAAUUUCUUGGUUUCCCAGUGCAUAUAGAAGUUCCGUUUACAUUGUACUGUAGUGUACUAAGUAUGUAAGCAUUAUGUCUAAAAAAUAUAUACAUACCUUAGUUAAAAAUACUUGUUGGCUAAAGAAUGUUAAUGACCAUCUGAGCCAAACCUGCAGUGAAUUGUCAUCUUUUCUGCUGGUGGAGGGUCUUGCCUCCGUGUUGAUGGCUGCUGACUGAUCAGGGUGGCUAUGACAGUUAUUUCUUAGAAUAAAAUGACAGUGUAGUUUGUCGCAUUAAUUGACUCUUCCUUUCAUGAAGGAUUUUUCUGUAGCUUGCCAUGUUUUUCAUAGCAUUUUACCCACUGUAGAAUUUCUUUCAAAAUUGGAGUCAGUCUCAAACUCUACUGCUGUUUGUCAAUUAAGUUUAUGACAUAUCUAAGGCCUUUGUUGUCAUUUCACCAAUAUUCACAGCAUCUUCACCAGGAGUAGAUUCCAUCUCAAGAAACCACUUUCUUUGCUCAUCCAUAGGAAUCAACUCCUCUUCUGUUCAAGUUUGAUCAUGAGAUUACAGUAGUUUAGUGUCUGCAUCUUCAGUCUCCACUUCUAAUUGUGGUUCUCUUGCUAUUUUCACUGUAUCUGUAGUUACUUCCUCCACUACAGUCUUGAGCCCCUCAAAGUUAUCCAUGGGGUUUAGAAUCAACUACUUCCAAACUCAGUUAAUGUUGAUAUUUUGACCUCUUCCCAUGAGUCACAGAUACACGUAAUAGCAUCUAGAAUGGCAAAUUAUUUUCAGAAGAUUUUCAAUUUACUUUUCCCAGAUCCAUUAGAGGAAUUACUAUGUAUGGCAGCAAUAGCCUUACAAAAUGUAUUUCUUAAAUAAUAAGACAUGAAAGUUGAGAUUACUCCUUGAUCUGUGGGCUGCAGAAUGGAUGUUGUGUUAGCAGGCGUGAAAACAACAUGAAGCUCCUUGCACAUCCCCAUCAGAGCUUUUGAGUAGCUAGGUGCAUUGUCAAUGAGCAAUCAUGUUUCAAAAGGAAUCUUUUUUUUCUAAGCAGUAGACCUCAAUGGUGGGCUUAAAAUAUUUAGUAAAGGAUGCUGUAAACCAUUGUGCAUUCAUGCAGGCUUUCUUGUUCCAUAGAUAGGGCACAGGCAAAUCAAUUUAGCAUCAUUCUUAAGUGUUCUGGGAUUUUUGGAGUGGUAAACCAUCAUUGGUUUCAAUUUAAAGUCACCAGCUGCAUUAACCCCUAACAAGAGAGUCUACCUUUGCUUUGAAGCUUUGAAGCCAGGCAUUGACUUCUCUGCUCUAGUUGUGAAAGUCCUAAGGAGCAUUUUCUUCCAAUAGAAGGCUGUUUCAUCUACAUUGAAAAUGUGUUGAUUAGUCACUUUCAUUGACUAUCUUAGCUAGAUCUUCUGGAUAAUUUGCUAUAGUUUCUAUAUCAGCACUUGCUGCUUCUCCUUGCACUUUUAUAUUAUGGUGAUGAAUUUGUUCCUUAAACUGCAUUAACCAACCUCUGCUAGCUUCAAACUUUUCUUCUGAACUCUGAGCCUUCAUAGAAUUGAGGAGAGUUGGGUUCUUGUUCUGGAUUAGGUAUUGGCUUAAGGGACUGAUUUGAUCUUUUGCCCAGAUCACUAAAACAUUCUCCCUAUUAGCAAUAAGGCUGUUUUGCUUUCUUAACAUUUGUGUGUUCACUGGCGUAGCACUUCUGAUUUCUUUUGAUAAUAUUUCCCUUGCAUUCACAGCUUGGCUGUUUGGGUUAAGAAGCCUAGCUUUCUGCCGAUCUCAGUUUUAGAUGUGCCUUCCUCACUAUGCCUACCUAUUGUUUCUAGCUUUUGAUUUCAAAUGAGAGACCUGUAACUCUUUUCAUUUGCACACUUAGAGGCCAUAGUAGGAUUAAGAGGCUUAAUUUCAAUAUUGUUGUGUCUCAGGCCCGAGAAGAGGCCUCCCUGUUCCCUGGGGACACAUUUAUUGAUUCCUUUUUUUCUCUAAUGUUCAUUUUCUAGUUACGUAUUUUAGCAGUGGAAAGUAAUCUUAGAUAAAGCCUGUUAUUUUACUUAAGGUGAAAAUGAGUGUUCAUGGCCAUGGAACACUUUUCUUUUGAUUUAGGAUGAUAAUCCUCCCAGUGGUUUUAAAAUCCAUUAGAAAACCUUGCUAAGAUAAGAAUAAUUUUGAGGCUGGGCCAAGGAGAACAGAAAAUAUGGCUGGGAAAGGGAAGCAAGAUGAACUUGGACCAGAUGUGCUCAGAGUGGAGGUUGCAUUAAUAGGAUAUCAGUUUGUCCCUUCUCAACCUUUGGAUGUAGGGUGAAAGACACCUCUCAAGAAUCUUUCCCUGAAUUCCACCCCACCUGCUUCCUGACUAGAGUUUUCCGUCUGAUGAAGGUUGGCCAUUUGCAAAAUAUCUUGGAGCUUGUGGAAGAAUGGUGGCUGUAAAUUAUGUUGGAGAAGAACUGUGGAGUUACUUUAAUGCGCCAUGGGAAAAACGAGUUGACCUCGCUUGGCAAUUAAUGGAAAUAGCGGAACAGCUUACAAACAAUGACUUUGAAUUUGCCCUCUACCUCCUGGACGUCAGCUUUGACAAUUUUGCAGUUGGUCCUAGAGAUGGGAAGGUAAUCAUUGUGGAUGCUGAAAAUGUUUUGGUUGCUGACAAAAGAUUAAUUAGACAAAAUAAACCUGAAAAUUGGGAUGUAUGGUAUGAAAGCAAGUUUGAUGACUGUGAUAAGGAGGCUUGCUUAUCAUUUUCAAAAGAAAUUCUUUGUGCUCGUGCCACUGUGGACCACAAUUACUAUGCUGUUUGUCAGAACCUCUUAUCCAGACAUGCCACCUGGCGUGGCACUUCUGGAGGACUCCUUCAUGAUCCACCAAGUGAAAUUGCCAAAGAUGGCCGGCUCGAGGCCUUGCUGGAUGAGUGUGCCAACCCAAAGAAGCGGUAUGGCAGAUUCCAGGCUGCAAAAGAACUGCGUGAAUACCUAGCACAAUUAAGUAACAACGUGAGGUAGUCUAUGGUGAACUUUCCUUUUUUUCUCCGUUUAAACAGCACUGGCUAAAACUAAACCACCAAAAAACUGUCUGAAAAAAUGAAAUCUGGAAGUAUUACAUUCAGAGGAUGAUAAACCUGCACUGAUAGAUCUUAAUGUUAACAUCCAUCAAAAUAAGACAUUACUUCAAAAAUCACAUGAUGCUUCUGCAAAUAAGUAUGUUCUUACACUUUGGAGGCUUGAGCUGUCAUCAGCUGCUCCCCACUACCCCGGAAUGCUUCAGUGGAUUAAUGAAUAUUGUUAAGCUAUUGGAAAUGAGUCUGAUAGUACAUUGGUUUGUGUAUCAAAGGGUACUUCGUACUUCGUUUGCAUUUGCUAUCAUGAUUUUGUGAAUCUCUUGCAUUUACUUUGAAUGUCAAGUCAGAUUGGCCUGUUUUAUAGGCCCCUUUUUCCUUCUGAUGUGUAGGGUUUUUUCCCAUUUUUUUUUUUAAUUAAAUUUUGGAAAUUCAGGUUACUGUAGGUGUUCAUUUAAAUUUUUACUAGUUCUCAUUCAGUGCUAUUUGGUACAUAUUUACUGUUAGGGCAGGAUUCCCAGGUUUACUGUGUUUUUUUUUUUUAAGAAAGCUAAAUAUUGCAUUAUGUAAAUACUUCUUUUCACCAACUUGUGUAGUUUCACCAUUGCAUGGUGUCAUUUCAGGUUAUUUAACAGUUAUAUCCCUCUAUGCCAAUAAUUACAAGUGUACACUAAACAUGAAGUUUGGCAUAUGUUGCAAAAUGUCAUUUUAUCUUUUGUAAAGGCUUUAAGAAUAUACUAGAAUCUAUAUAUUGAUGUUAAUUUUGAUUCAGAAAAAAAUACAACCCAGUAUCUAAAAAGUGUUAACUAGUCCAAGAUAAUAAUGCAUAUGCCAAAGAAAUAUUACACCUAGUCUCAUGUUUAGAAUUUAAAAUAGAAUUGAUCACCUACUUAAUCUUACCACCCUACUUCCAGUAUUUUAGCUCUGUCAUUAUUAAAUUCAGAUCUUCCUGGUAAUUCUUUCUGUUGAAAGUUGAACUACUGCUUUCAAGUAAUUUAAAGUUAUCCUACCUUUUAUUCAUGGGUAGUUUUGCAAAAUUAACAUGGUACCCAUUGUUUGAAUUUAAUCGGGCAUCGUAACCUUUUAUUUAUUGAGGAACUAAUCAUUAUUACUGUAAAGCAGACAAGUUAGCCAGUCGGCCCACUUUGGUCUUUACCCAGUGGUUAACAUCAAAUUUAAUUAUUUGCGUAGAAGUGUGUGGGCUCUUUAAAAAAUGUUAUAUAAGUUGACUAUCACUAACAGGUAAUAUUUUUCUGUUUGAAGUUGUUACUUUUGUUUACAGCAAAGUUUGAUGUAGUGUGCAGUAGUGAGCUUUAGACAGAUCUUUUUCUAAAUCAGAAAGUGAUUAAAGUAUGCACAACCAAAGUCAGGUUUUUCUUUUUCAUUUAUUCAGCAACUAUUUAUUAAGCAUCAACUGUGUGCCAGGCACAUUACUAGCUGCUACAUACUGUCUGAACAUGACAUAUGGUUAAGUAACUUUAUAAUUAUUAUCAAAUACUUCAAUGUAGAUAUUUCUUAAGUUGAAAUAGCAUUAACUAGGAUAAUGCUUUCAUGUUAUUUUAUUGUCUUGUGAUAGAAAUUCAACUUGUACCAUCUAAAACUAGGUUGCUAUAAAAAUAGGAGGAUGAAGUCAAUAAAGUUAAUCCCAGUUUAAAAACUGGAAAGAAAAGGUAAGAGCUCUCCGUUGUAAAAUAGUUGCAUUAGGUUAAUUUUUACACAUUAGUGCAUUGCAUAUAUCAACUGGCCCCCAAUGAAGCAUUUAAGUGCUUGGAAUUUUACUAAACUGACUUGUUUGCAACUUUGGGAGAUUUUUGAGGGGAGUAUUUAAAAUUGCCAAACACCUCUUACUCAAAACUUCAAAUAAAGUACACAUUUUCAAAAGGGAGCACCUUUUAUAUUUGAUAAGUUUUCAUUAUAAACCUUACAAUACCAGUCACAAAGAGGUUGUCUGUCUGUGGUUUAGCAAACAUUUGCUUUUCUUUUUGGAAGUGUGAUUGCGAUUGCAGAACAGAAAGUGAGAAAACACUGCCAGCAGUGAUUGCUACUUGAGGUAGUUUUUUAUAACUACCAUUUCCCCUCCAUGAAAUUAUGUGAAAUUUAUUUUAUCUUUGGGAAAAGUUGAGAAGAUAGUAAAAGAAUUAGGAAUUUAAAAUUACAGGGAAAAAUAUGUAAGUGAAAAGCAAUAAAUAUUUUGUUCACUUUGCUAUCAAGAUGUUCACUAUCAGAUAUUUAUUAUAUGGCAGCAAUUUAUAUUUUUAAUCAUUGCCCAUUAAUAGAUGCAGUAAAAUAUUUUUGAAUCAGACAUUUGGGGUUUGUAUGUGCAUUAAAAUUGUCUUUUGUACUGUAAGUUACUGUUAAUUUGAAUAUUUUAUCGAACUGUCUCCCUGUGCCUUUAUAAUAUAAAGUUGUUUCUACAACUUUUAAUGAUCUUAAUAAAGAAUACUUUAAGAAUCACA